GGGAAGCAGCUGUUCGCAGAGGCGCUAAUGGAUGGCACUAUGGAAGGUUUCUUCAAGCUCAUAGAGCAAUUCCGAACGCAGGAUGAGCCGGCAUACUGCGGGCUGGCCAGUUUGGCAAUGGUCUUGAACACCCUAGCGAUAGACCCUCGGCGAGCUUGGAAGGGCCCUUGGCGCUGGUUCCAUGAACAAAUGCUGGACUGCUGCUUGCCCAUACUACGGGUUGCAGAGGAGGGGAUUGCCGCCUGCUUGGCGCGGUGCAACGGAGCGAGAGUGGAGGUGAGGCAGUCCGGCAGUUUCAGCGUGGAGGAUUUUAGGGAAGACGUGCAGCAGGCUUCGCAAUCAGAGACGGAGCACCUCAUAGUCUCCUACUCCCGGAAGCAAUUCCUGCAGACCGGUGAUGGGCACUUCAGCCCUGUGGGAGGGUACCAUGCACGCAGAGACCUCGUUCUCAUUUUGGACACGGCAAGGUUCAAAUACCCACCGCACUGGGUUCCGCUGACGGAGCUCUUUGAGGCAAUGAAGCGGGUUGACCCGACGACUAAUCAACCCAGGGGCUACAUGAAGAUGGGUGCAUUCCCCAGGCUCGACUCCGUGCUGUUCACCCUCAAACGACGUGGCGAGUGA